CACUUCUUCCAUGCUCCCCUGAGCUCAGGCUAUCACAUCUGCUGCCUCGUAUGUCUGGACAGUACCCAUCCUCUGCCUAUCCAGGGGCUGCCGGGCCGUCUACAAUACCCAAUGGCGCCGCCAUGCUUCCUCCUGGCUGGAGUCAGCACGCCGCCCCCAAUGGCCAGGUAUACUACUUCAAUGCCUCCACCGGCCAGUCCACCCAUGCACACCCAGCCACUUUCCCUCCGCCUAUGGGGUACUCUGGCCCUCCGCCCACAAUAGCUCCGGUAGCUGCUCUGAGCGAUAAGAAGCCAAAGAAGGAGAAGCCGAAGCAAAAGGACCCCAUCCCCAGCGCGCCGGGCUGGCUGAGGGUCACUACAAAUCUCGGCAAUGUCUUCUACACUCACGUCGAGUCUAAGCGCAGCGAGUGGACAAUACCCGACGAGAUCAAGCAAGCUGUGGAGGAAAUGGAAAACGCUCAAGCUGCAAACGAGGAAUCUGCCGACCAAGCGGAUCCAGUUGGACGGGUGGCAGCUGCAUCUUCGACGCUUUCGGAACAAACUCUGGCAGAAGGCCCCGCGGAAGAUCUUGAGCCCAGAGAUGAAGGGAAGCGAAAGAGGGAGGAAGUGGAUCUUGAAAUCCCAGAUGAUCCAGAGCCUGGGAUCGACGUAGCUGAGCUAUUAGGCGGCCCAGCUAUUGAAGGCGAAGAGGAGGCUGCAGAAGAGGAUGAGGAGGAGCCAUCCGAUGAACCUGCUUCCAAGAAGCAACGGACCUCGAGCACAAGGGAAGAUGGCGAGGGAGAUGACAACGAGGGCGACAGAGAGGAGGAAGAUCUAGACGAAGAUGCAUGGCAACGUCAAUUGGCGACAGAGAUGGCUGCCGAGGCGAAUGAGGAGGUCGGUUUCGGGGAGCCUUCGAGCUCUCCAGUGCAAGCUCUCAGCAGGCCACCUCCUCCUUCAGCCCCUCCUCAGCCGCCUAUGCCUCCUGCACCGUCUUCUUUCCAACCACCUCCGCCGCCGCCAGGGGGUUACCGGGGACCACCACCUGGUUUGCCGCCUCCGGCGACCAUCCCUAAGCGACCUCUUCUGACAGUAGAGGAAGGCAAAGCUCUCUUUGUGCACAUGCUCUGGACUCUAAAUGGCACGCCCAACGAGGUCAAUCCGAUGGCUCCUUGGGACAACGAGCUGCCCAAGUUUGUUCACCUCAGCGAUUACACCGCCCUUGCUAAUCUGCGAGAUCGCCAGGAUGCCUUCAAUGACUGGUGCAAGAUGCGUCUGAGGGAGAAACGAGAGCAGAAGAAAGCCGGAAUAGCACCCUCUGCAUCGACCUCGGUUUCCAACGGAGCUGCACCCGCAGCUGCAUCAUCCUCAUCUGUAGAGCAAUUCUCCUCUAGCCCGGCUGAUGCAUACAAGAGGCUCCUCACCGAUCACGUCAAGUCGACUCGGGCUCGCUUCGAUGAUUUCAGAAAGGAGUUCAAGAAAGAUCGACGCUUCUACGGCUUUGGCCGAGAUGAUCGUGAGCGUGAGAAACAAUUCAAGGCACAUCUCAAGGAACUUGGAGAGGUGAAGCGUAAAGCUGCUGAGACUGCCGAGCGCAACUUCCUGUCUGUGCUCGGACAGGUCGCUGGCGAUGUGAAAGAGACACGGUGGGUGUCAAUGAGUGAAAAGGAGCUCAAAGAGGACGUCUGGCCCAAGAUCAAGAAGAUGGGGGACAUGGAGAGGAGGCAGGAAUAUGAUGCUGUCGGUAGCUCUUCGCUGAGAGCAGAGCUCUUCGUCAAGUGGGCAAAGGGAGGCUCUGCAACGAUGAUGCCACCUCGGCCAGCUGAGACGGCCAGCCCUUCUGUCGCCGGUGACACUGGAGUCAGCAAGCCACGAGAUGCAAUCGAUCGAAGGGAAAAGGCUCUGCGACAUCGCGAAGAGCAGGUCCGCGUACAGCGCCAAGAGGUCGAGCGCAAGAAUCGACGAGCACUGGGUGAGGCGACCAGGGGCGACAGUGCAAUCCACUUUGGCGAGCUACUAGUAGACGCAGUCCGCGACCCGCUUUCUGCCUGGUCUCGUAUCUCGGAACAACUCGCAGGCGAUGCUCGCUUCGAAGCUCCUGGUCUAGGUGUGCACCAAAAGCGUCAGAUGUUCGACGAGCAUGUAGCCAAGCUAACGAGCAAGAAGCGCGAACAACUCCGCGCUAUAUUCCUCAAGUACGCACCGGCGCUCGAUGCCGAAGCAGAGGUAGUCCUGCCUCUAGUGAGGGACGAUGUGGAGUAUGAGAGGCUGAAGAUGGGAGGUUUCGUUAGUGGUGUGCGGCAGGCGAGGGAGGAAGAAGCUCUGCUGGAGGAGUGGCGCUUCUGGAAGAGGGAGAGGGAGGCCAGGGCCAGGGCCGAAUUUGAUGAGAUGCUCAAAGAGAACAGCUUCGUCGACUUCUGGGGUCGUCUACGCUCAGAAGCCGAGAGGAAAGCCAGCGGGAGCGGUCGUGAGGAAGAGGCGACUACGCAGAAGCUCCUCGGUGAGACGGCUGCUGCGUCUGGUGGUGGAGCAGGAAUCGAGCCCACCGAUGAUGAAGAUGCAGAUGGAAACGGGGAGGGGGCUGUUUCAAGUCUGGUUGACAUGGCGAAUCAGGUGGAUAUAGAGGAGAUUCAUUCCAUCUUACGCAAUGAUCAGCGCUAUCGCGCUUGGAGACACGAGGGGGAGGCGCGCGAUCGGUGGAUCAGGGACUACCUGAGCACCUUGGGAGGUCGUAAGCAGACAGUCUUUCAGACGGACGAGACGGGACGAGGAGGACAGAGGUGAUGGGAUAUGCAAUUCGUCCAAUGUGGUCGCCGAGGCAAAUGCUACACGUCACUUGAGCCAGUGCAAUGCACAGCUCCAGAGAUUUCUACGUCUCAAUUUCUUCGUGGUCCUGAUGCUACGCAACGACCGCUCCCUCUGCGCCCAUCCAUCUAUCUAUUGAGCUCACAACCGGCCUCUCAAAUUGUUCGUAGCUGCGUCCCCUAUCUCCUUUCGCACCUUUGCGGCAGCAGCAGCCACCUCUUUCUUGAGACGACGAUGGUGCUCC